AUGUUCAUCGUUCUGGCCGGCGGUUGUCUCCUGUCUUACUUCGUUCUGGGAUAUGCAACCAACAUCGUGGCCCAACACCUUAACCACGAGUUCCGCAAAGAAGCCCUUCAUCACAUGCUGCGCCGAGAUCUCCGAUUCUUUGACCGCUCAGAGAACACCACCGGUGCGCUAGUCAGCCGCGUAGAUUCGCACCCUCAAUCGAUCCUCGAGCUCAUGGGGUACAACGUUGGUCUUGUGCUCGUAUGUGUUUUCAACAUUCUUGCUUGCAGCAUUUUGGCAAUCGCGUACAGUUGGAACUUGGACCUUGUCGUUGUCUUGGGUGGCUUGCCCCCUGUUGCUAGUGCCGGGUACUCCAAGAUUCGAGUAGAUGCCGAAAUGGAUAGAGACACCGCGAAGCGAUACUCGACGAGCGCAUCGAUUGCUUCCGAAGCCGUCGCAGCUAUCCGAACAGUGUCUUCGUUUUUGAUCGAGGAGACGGUUCUCAAGAGUUACGUCAGUGAGCUGGACAGCGCGGUGUCAGGUUGCAGGCGCCCACUCCUGACCAUGAUGCUUGCCUUUGCUUUUACCCAAGCUAUCGAAUACUGGUUCUUGGCUCUAGGCUCCUGCGUCACCAAGGGAGUCAAUGCCGCGAAUUACAUCUCGUGGCUUCAACAUUUGCAACCCGCAGUGCAGGAGACUGGCGAGAAUAAUGACAAUGGACCUAAUACCGGCGAUGCGGUCGACUUCGUGGGUGUGCGUUUCGCCUAUCCUUUACGACACGAUGUCACGGUUCUUCGCGGCAUCGACCUCAAGUGGACUUACCAGAUCAAGAAGGGUCAAUUCGUGGCGCUCGUCGAUGCGUCUGGUUGUGGAAAGUCCACGACGAUUGCUCUACUGGAGCGAUUCUACAAUCCGUCCGCUGGCUCAGUCAACAUCGACGGGUCUGCUCUUACAUCCUUGAAUCCACGUGCAUAUCGGCGCAUCGUCGGCCUUGUCCAGCAGGAGCCAACUCUGUUCCCAGGAUCCAUUCGUGAGAACGUCGCUCUCGGUAUCGACAGCGAGGGUCGCAGCACAGCCGUCGUGUCCGACGACCAGAUCGAGACCGCUCUCCGCGCCUCCAAUGCCUGGGACUUUGUUUGCUCCCUCCCAGAAGGGCUUGCCACGCCUGCAAGAUCUCAAGGCGCACAGCUCUCUGGAGGCCAGCGUCAACGAAUUGCCAUUGCACGUGCCCUGAUUCGCGACCCCAAGAUCCUGCUACUCGACGAGGUGACUAGUGCGCUUGAUACAGAGGGUGUAAAGAUCGUUCAGGCUGCGCUGGCUGAUGCUGCAAAGCAGGGCGAUAGGAUCACAAUUGCCGUCGCUCAUCGUCUUAGUACUAUCAAAGACGCCGAUCUCAUCUGCGUAUUCCAUCAGGUUCGUAUCCAGGAGAUAGGGACACACCAGGAAUUAUACACAGCUAGGGGAAUGUACCACAAAAUGUGUGAGGCACAGUCAUUGGACUAG